CUUCCGCCCCGGUGGCACCGGCGGCACCACCAGCAGUCUGCAGACCUAAGCCGCCACUCUCUGUCCGUCGCUCGAUCGCUCUUCAUCUCGUCGCCUCUUUCAGCAGUCAGCAUGAGGGAAAUCGUCCACCUCCAGGCCGGCCAGUGCGGCAACCAGAUCGGUGCCAAGUUCUGGGAGGUCAUCUCGGACGAGCAUGGAAUCGACCCCGUGGGCAACUACCGUGGCACUUCGGAUCUGCAACUGGAGCGCAUCAACGUCUACUACAACGAGGCCUCUGGAGCCAAGUACGUCCCUCGCGCCAUCCUCCUGGAUCUGGAGCCAGGAACAAUGGAAGCAGUCCGGUCGGGCCCGAUCGGCAAACUUUUUCGGCCUGACAACUUCGUUUUCGGCCAGAGCGGCGCCGGCAACAACUGGGCCAAGGGCCACUACACGGAGGGCGCCGAACUGGUCGACUCGGUGCUCGACGUGGUGCGCAAGGAGGCCGAGAACUGCGACUGUCUGCAGGGCUUCCAGCUGACGCACUCGCUUGGCGGCGGCACCGGCUCCGGAAUGGGCACCCUGCUCAUCUCCAAGAUCAGGGAGGAAUACCCUGACCGCAUCAUGAACACCUACUCCGUCAUGCCCUCGCCAAAGGUGUCAGACACCGUGGUGGAGCCAUACAACGCCACCCUCUCGGUGCACCAGUUGGUCGAAAACACAGACGAGACCUACUGCAUCGACAACGAAGCCCUCUACGAUAUCUGCUUCAGGACCCUGAAGCUGUCCAACCCCUCCUAUGGUGACCUGAACCAUCUGGUGUCGCUCACCAUGUCCGGCGUGACCACGUGUCUGCGCUUCCCUGGCCAGCUGAACGCGGAUUUGCGCAAACUGGCCGUUAACAUGGUGCCCUUCCCCCGUCUCCACUUUUUCAUGCCAGGUUUUGCACCUUUGACCUCGAGGGGAAGCCAGCAGUACCGCGCGCUGACCGUGCCCGAGCUGACCCAGCAGAUGUUCGACGCCAAGAACAUGAUGGCCGCGUGCGACCCGCGCCACGGCCGCUACCUGACCGUGGCCGCCAUCUUCCGUGGCCGCAUGUCCAUGAAGGAGAUCGACGAGCAGAUGCUGUCGAUCCAAAACAAGAACAGCGGCUACUUUGUCGAGUGGAUCCCGAACAACGUGAAGACGGCCGUGUGCGACAUCCCGCCCCGCGGCCUCAAGAUGUCCGCCACCUUUAUCGGCAACUCGACCGCCAUCCAAGAGCUCUUUAAGCGUAUCUCUGAGCAAUUCUCAGCCAUGUUCCGUCGCAAGGCCUUCCUCCACUGGUACACCGGUGAGGGCAUGGACGACAUGGAAUUCACAGAGGCUGAGAGCAACAUGAACGACCUUGUUUCUGAAUACCAGCAGUACCAGGAAGCACUUGCUGGUGAAGAGUAUGACGAUGAAGCAGAGGAAGAAAUCGCAGGAGAGGCAGUCAUGGAUUGAACAAAUCAUCACUCUACGACGGGAUAACAUUUUACCGAAAACAAGGCAACCCAGUCAAAAGGAAACUCCCAAUAAGACCAACUAUCACAUAAUGAUUUUGAUUUUAAACUCUUGCAUUAACUUAUAUAAAUAUAUGCGAACCAUAUUCUUUUAUAUUAUUUAUGUAACUCUCAGCAAUAUAGCGACGGCUUAAUUAUUUUUUACUGUCCAAUUCUUUUUUUAAAUUAUAAUAAAAGUUACGCGCGUAGUGCUUAAUUAUAAUGAUAGUCAUCUCUCUCCGCUUCUUCAUGUUUUUUAACUUUAUUGUAACGCGUAGUAAUUUUAUUUGUUAAUUGUAAGCGAUUUCGAGAAUUCGUAUAUGGAGGCAAAUCAUUGAGACCGAAACCAAAAAGUAUGUAUUAUUUGUGAGUUCUGAUGUAUAAGGAAUUAAUAAAUUUCAAACUAGCUACAUCAAUUAUUUUAGAAAGUGGGAACAUGAAUAUAUUGCUAGUUUAUGUACGGAUAAAAAAAUUGUUUUAUCCUGUAUGUUGAAAAAACAUUAUAAACAUUUUGUAUCCGAUUUCUAAUGAUGUUUUGUAGCUAUUUUUGUACUCUUUUAAAAAUAAAAUUGUAAAAAUUAAUGCAUA